GCAGGCGUUCAGUAGUAUUGGCAAAAUGGGUGAACGUCCAGGCCGUGGUUGGUACUGCUGAGAGGGGAAGGGCCUACAGGACCCCAGGGAGCUGUGAGGCGCAGUAUUGCUGGUGCCUGAAGACCUCUCCUUGGAAGAGAGAGAAGAACUUUUGGACAUUCGUCGAAGAAAAAAGGAACUUAUUGAUGACAUUGAGAGACUGAAAUAUGAAAUUGCUGAAGUGAUGACAGAGAUUGACAACCUGACUUCUGUAGAGGAGAGCAAAACCACUCAGAGGAACAAGCAAAUCGCUAUGGGAAGGAAGAAAUUCAACAUGGAUCCCAAAAAGGGAAUUCAGUUUCUCAUAGAAAACGACCUGCUGCAGAGCUCCCCGGAAGACGUGGCCCAGUUCCUGUACAAAGGAGAAGGCCUGAACAAGACUGUAAUCGGAGACUAUCUGGGGGAGAGGGAUGAAUUUAACAUUAAAGUUCUUCAAGCUUUUGUCGAACUCCACGAGUUUGCCGAUCUCAACCUCGUACAAGCCUUAAGACAGUUUCUGUGGAGCUUCAGGCUUCCCGGGGAGGCUCAGAAGAUCGACCGCAUGAUGGAGGCGUUCGCCUCCCGCUAUUGCCUGUGCAACCCCGGCGUCUUCCAGUCCACAGACACGUGCUAUGUGCUGUCCUUCGCUAUCAUCAUGCUCAACACCAGCCUGCACAACCACAACGUGCGUGACAAGCCCACGGCCGAGCGCUUUGUCACAAUGAACCGUGGCAUCAACGAGGGUGGGGACCUGCCCGAGGAGCUGCUGAGGAAUUUGUACGAGAGCAUCAAGAACGAGCCAUUCAAGAUCCCGGAGGAUGAUGGCAAUGACCUCACACACACGUUCUUCAACCCCGACCGUGAGGGCUGGCUCCUGAAGCUGGGAGGGGGGCGAGUGAAGACAUGGAAGCGGCGCUGGUUCAUCCUGACUGACAACUGCCUCUAUUACUUCGAAUACACGACAGAUAAGGAGCCCAGGGGGAUUAUCCCGCUGGAAAACCUCAGCAUCAGGGAGGUGGAAGACCCACGGAAACCCAACUGUUUCGAGCUUUAUAACCCGAGCCACAAAGGGCAGGUCAUCAAAGCCUGUAAGACGGAGGCCGACGGCCGAGUGGUGGAGGGGAACCACGUGGUGUACCGCAUCUCCGCGCCCAGCCCCGAGGAGAAGGACGAGUGGAUGAAGUCCAUCAGAGCGAGCAUCAGUAGGGACCCUUUCUAUGACAUGCUGGCCACAAGGAAAAGGAGGAUUGCCAAUAAAAAAUAGAGCUUUCCUGGCCUGGACAGGUAAAAGCGAAAACCAAAACCCCACAGCAGAAAGUGACCGGGAGGCCUCCCCAUGACACCCUGGACCCCAGCGGCCUUUUCUGGGAGUCAGUGCUUCUGUGCAGAGCUUGCAGCUGCUCCAGGGUGGCCUCGAGGGCCCUGCCAGGUUCUCCGCAGCCUUUGUGCAUCGUGUCCGGUGAGCCACACCGUGUCCCCCUCCUGCCGACCUUCCCGCCCGCAGCACAGACAUACAGACGUCCUUCCCGCAGUUCUGUGCAGCAGGUGUGCCUGGGAGUUCAGCUCGGGGCCUGUCCCCGGAACCUCGCGCGUACCUGGCAUACCACACGUGCUCACUGUGGCGGUGUUCACUGUUCUAGAGGCCGCUGUUUUAUAUCAAAACAGGAAAGGAAAAGCUACCACUUUUUUAUUCAGAUUUUUUUUCUCAGAUAUAUAGGAUUAUAGCUUUUAUAUGCCUUUUUAUAUUCUGAAAUUAUAAUGGAAGAUACUUUCUAACAGUAGUAUUUUUAGAAUGGCAGCUACAAAUUGAACCCUGGACACGUCUGUACUGUGCACUGGAAUUUCACACCCGCGUCUGCAGCGGCCACCGGCCUGGCAGUGUCGGGCGAGGCCUGUUCCGAGGGCUGCUGCUCUGAGAUGCCCUCAUCCGCCCUGAUACAGGGAGGUGGCCCAUGGUGUCCAGGUCCCCUGGGACCUCUCAACUCAGAUGGGUGGUCCCACAGAUGCUUUCUAAAAAGGCAACUCAUUAAAAUUUAAAUUAUGGUUUGGGGCGUUUGUCUAAUACCUGCUGAACCCCAGCACAGUAGUCCAUAUGCCACACUGCAUGGACCCGCUAACAUCCAACUAUUGUGACCCCACAAGCAGCAGUUCCAUAUGGUUCAACUGAGCAUGUGGUUCGGACCCACUUUUGACCACUGUCUUCACUAUUUAAACCUUUUGGCAGAAUGCGUGCCGAUAUUACUGACCCGGUAACACUUUGACCAGAUUUCUUUAUAUCAUGAGUCGGCAUAUCAGUAACUAGAAAUCAUCUUAUCCCAUGUUUUCAGAGAUUUAAGCUCCCGUUACAAGGAGGGAAAGAGCAAGCUGUGAGGAGAUGGUGGGUGGCACUGAGGGCUUCUGUGGUGGCUCACAGCCUGAGUCCGCACUGCUGGGUGACCAGUGAGGAACCAGACAUCUGGCCGCCGGUGACCCAACAGCAGCAGCAGGUUCUGGGCAGCACGUUGGCUGAAGGAGGGUGACUCGGCUGAGGACAUGCGAGUGGGCAGGGCUGGAGGCUGUGUGCUGUGCCAGGCCGCCCCUGGUUCCUCAGGACAGGGCUGGUGACAGACGCUCUUUACUGGGAGCUUUAUUUCCAUCGUAGGACCCAUGGGGGUCCCUUCCCUGUCUGCGUAGCACACCCCGAAUUUGUACCUGUUAGAGGUCACCACUGCUGUGUAAACCAAGUUCAAGAAAGAAAACCUCAGGCUGUGUGCACUUCCGUGGAGAUCCAAGCAGCACAAGUAACUGUUCCUGUGAGUUGCCUUGACGGCUCUGGGACCUUGGCCUUGGCGCAGCUGACCUUGACGUAGCUUUAAGGCACUCGACUGCAAAGGGCUCGGAGCCCGUGACUCUCCAACACACAUCAAACUGAUUUUUUUGGUUUAUUCCCAAGCUCUUAGGCUCUGUUACUGUCCCAAUACCUCCAAUCCGACACUUCAGUGUUUGAGGAAGGCAAGUCAGCAUUGUUGAAAUGCCUGACUGAUAUAUAUGCAACUCUGGCCUCCGUCUUCCGCGAAAACAGAGACCUGCCGGGACCACCUGACCAAACACUGCUGAAGAAGCCUGGGCAGCGCGGCCCCUCGGGCCGGCCCCACCCCCAGGACUACCCGUGGCGCUGUGUUUCCCAUGUGGACGUUCUCAGUCCUUUGUCUGACCCAGGUAGGACCCUGCGGAAACAGGGUUUUGUCUCUUGGGUUUGGCCUCAGAGUGAGGUUGGGAGAAGGGAGUAUAAGGAAACACCUGCUAAAUGUUUCUCUGGCCGUCUGUGAAGGAGCCUCCCUUGGUGGCUGUUUCCCCAGGAGCGAUACAGGAGGCCGUGGUGCUUAGAACCUACGUACCUUGCCAUCAGUGUUACGUGUCAUUGUGACAGUAUUCACCUACCAGGCAGAUAGCCGUCACCCCACUACGCCCUCAGGCAGGCCUGGGCGGGCCUUUGCCUGAACCUUAGGGUGACGGCCUUCGUUGUCCUCCCUGCCCCCAUGUCUGUGCUCAGGGCUGAAUUACCAUCCCAACUCUGGCCAAAGACAUGCUUUCCUCCCAAGACCAAGGGCAGGAGGUGGUGAGGAGCACGGGGCGGGAUGCAGUGGCCUCCAUGGCCCACCGGCUUCUCAGCAGGUGAGGCUAGUUGUACGGCCCUGGACGCAGACAAACGAGCGUCUUCAGGAUCGCAGGCCACUUUUGAGCAGUUUAAUGUGGUACCAAACUGGGUCCAAAUAGCUUCUAUUUAUAGGCAAAGCAGCAUUUAAUGUUUCACAUAAAGCAGUGCAUACUUUUAAAGUUAAAAUGCAUAUAUCUACAUAGAUGUGCUUUGCUGACAAGUCAGGUCUGGUGUAGACCAGAAAACACGUUGUGGUUUCUCACUCUUAUUUUUUCUUAGAAAACAUUUCUAUUUACAGUAAAUAUAGUUAAUAUGUAAAUAAUGUACAUAUAUAUUGGUUUCUGGAGUGUUUAUUCAAUGUAUAUACUCCCAUAACUUGCAUGAAGAAAUAACCUGUAUCGAUAUUUUGUUGUAAAGUGAAUAGUUAGUAAAAUUGGAAGGUGUAUGGCUGUCAAAUUGCAAAUACUGUGGUCACCAAAUAAAAAUCAAACUCAUUGUUAAAACCA